UGUAGGCCGAUCUCGAUUUAUUAUUAUUUUUCGCAGCUGAACAGAACCAGCCACAUUGAACCAACUAAGACAUUAAAGCCAUAAAGGACGCCUCAGGGCCAUACAUUUUGGUUCUAAAACAUGCAGUUUGAAAUAACGAAAACCUGGAAUAGUAGAAACCUUGAUCAUCCACCUGUACAGCUCUCUUUCAAGGCAGACAAAGAUGGACUUGAAAUGAGAGUGAAAGCCCCCUUUUUCAACGACCCAGGAAAUCCCGGAGGAGAGCCUGGUCAACCAUUUCAAAAUCUGUGGGACUAUGAAGUGGUUGAGGCAUUUUUUCUAAAUGACGACAAUCAGUAUUUGGAGGUUGAGCUCUGUCCACAUGGGCAGCACAUUGUAUUGCUAUUGAAGGGCUACAGGCAACCCUUUGCUGACUUGCUGCCUUUGAAAUAUACCUCAUCCAUAGGCGGGGACACAUGGGAAGGAACUGCUACGAUUCCUUUGUCAUAUUUUCCGCCUAAUGUUUCUAAGUUUAAUGCUUACGCAAUACAUGGUUCAGGAUCUUCAAGAACGUACGAGGCUCUAUAUCCAGCACCAGAAGGCAGCCACACCGAUCCCGAUUUUCACAGACUAGAGUAUUUCCAAAGGAUUGACUUCCGGACUCUCCUUCCGCAAAACUGGGCACCGGAUUACCAGUCUAAAGAAUGGGAAUCCGUCUUAAAAACAGGACAUUGUCCCACUGCUUGUCGGAAGAUUGGCGAUAAAACGAAAACAAUGAUGGCGACCUUUAUAUCAACAAUGUUAAGCCUGGUAUUGCUACGGAUUAGCGAUUCUGUAACGGCACGGACCACUCACAUUCCAGUUGCCAUCACCAAGACGUGGAAUGGUUCGAACAUUGAUCACCGACCUGUUCGAUUGGUCUUUGCACAGGCGACUGGUGGAAUAGAAAUCAGAGUGGAAGCCCCCUUUUUCAAUGACCCAGGUAACCCUGGGGGUGAACCAGGACAGCCGUUCAAUGGUCUGUGGGACUAUGAAGUUGUUGAAGCAUUCUUUUUGAACGACAAUAACCAGUAUGUUGAAAUAGAACUGUGCCCCCACGGUCAACACCUUGUUUUACUUCUGAAAGGCUAUCGAGAUAUGUUCACAAGUCAACUUCCGUUGAACUUUACAUCGUCCAUUAACAACGGUAAUUGGACAGGAUGUGCUUUUGUACCCGCUUCCUAUUUCCCACCCAAAGUUACCAAAUUUAAUGCUUACGCAAUACAUGGUUCUGGGCCAGGAAGAGUAUACGAAGCGCUGUACCCUGCUUCUGCAGAAAAGCACACUGAACCCGAUUUUCACAGAUUGGAAUACUUCCGAACGAUUAAUUUCCGAACCUUACUUCCUGAAAACUGGGCUUCUACAUACAGCUCAGCAUUGUGGGAUUCUAUCGUGCUCGGAUAAAAUAGAAAUGAUUUAACCAUGUACAUUUUUUAUAUAUGUGGAAAAAAUAUCUAGAUUAAAUUUUAGAUCGUUUUCAA